AUGAUGUUCGGCCUCGGCGGCCUCGGCGGCCUCGGCGGCCUCGGCCUCGGCUUCGACGACAACGAUGGCGGGAGCGGCCGCUUCGGUCGCUACGCCAGGAAGUCGGGUGCGGCGGAGCGCCGCGAGGACGCCGCGCGCGCCUCGUUCACUGCCGCGCUCACGGACACAGUGAUCCAAGGCGAGGCAGCUCUGGUGUCAGACCUGCUGUUACCGUCUGUGCAUCUUACGUCAGCGUCCUGGACGGACUUCAGCCGGUGGGUGCGAACCCACCCUGGGUGUAAGGCCACGCGUCGGGCCGCGACCGAGGCCGAGAAGCGAGCGCACAAGCAGACGCGGCAGGGAACGUGCUACUGGGUCAGUGUUGUCAUCUCGGCGGAGGCGCAGGUGCAAGCGCUCGGCGGCGCGCCGCGACCCGCCCCAUCCGCGAUCAAGCGUGAGGACGGAGAAGACGGAGGAGUAGGCCACGUGCCUGCGGCGGGCGGGAAGAAGCGCAAGGCGGCGGUGCCCUGCCAGAAGGCGACCGAGCGCAAGUUCUGCGGGGCGUGGAAGGCGGCCGAGGAGGCGCAGCUGCAGCAGCUCGUGCACGCGCUCGGCGAGGGUGUGGUGUGGGAGGAUGUGGCCUCGAGGCUGGGCACGGGGCGCAGCGGCAGCGCGGUGCGCGAGCACUGGGCCGAGCACAGGAAGCGGCGCAAGGCGGCCGACGAGCUCCAAGCUAAACUGCGCGAGGAGGCGGACGAGGAGCGUGCCGAGGCGGCGUCGGCGGCUCCUCGCGUCGCGCUGAAGCUGCCGUGGCCUCCGCAGGCGGGCGCGGCAGCCGCCGUCGUGCCGCAGGACGUGACGGACCUCACGCUGACCUCGCCGAUGCGCAGCUGCGUCUUGUCCGACGGGCCGCCGCUCCCGCCCACCACGCUGCCGCCGCUCCCGCCCACGCUGCGAAGGCUGCGGCUCGUCCACGCCGCCGCUCACCUGUCCGAGGAGGGCUGGGCGGCCAUCAGCGGCUGUAUCUCGUUGCGCGAGUUGGACAUCGACUGGGGAGGUGACGAGCUCGCCCGCCUCGACACGCCGCCGCCCGACCUGCGCACGCUGCGCCUCACGCACGUCGACUACGCCCGCGGCUCCAGCAGGCCGCCACCCGCCUUCUUUGAGCGGCUGGGCGCGCGGCGCACCCUCCGCACCCUCGUUGUCUCCGGGUCUUGCGACCUUCCGGCGGCGUGCCUCCACGCGCUGCGCGGCUGCCCGCUGCGCGAGCUAGUGCUCGAGGGCGGCCGCGACGACGGCUACGCGCUCGCCCAUCCGCACGCCGCCGCGCUGCCGACGCUCGUCGCGCUCGCUCCCGGGCUGCGCACACUCGAGCUCACGGGCACCGACCUGAGCAAGCGCGAGGCGGCCGCGCUCAACAACCGGCUGCCGCCCGGCUGCAGUGCGACCCACUUCCCGCCGCCGAAGAAGGACUUCGAGCCGUACUACGAGUGGGCGCAGCGGCAGCAGGAGGCUGAGGAGGCGGGAGCGCCGCGGACCUCCGGCCGCAUCUCGCCACAGUACGACAAGUACGGCUACUCGGGCUGGGGCAACUACCGCCGGCGGCACGACUUCUCGCGAUCCACGUCGCACCGCGAGGAGCACGGCAUUCACGGGCUCGAGCCCUUUGACCGCGCCGCGCCCGACUUCCAGGAGGAGUGGUGGUGA